AUGAUUGUAACUGAAUAUAUGGAAAAUGGUUCAUUAGAUACAUAUCUUCGAGCAAAUGAAGGAAAUAAAUUACUUGAUACAUUACAAUUAACACGUAUGUUACGUGGUAUAGCAUCGGGCAUGAGAUAUCUGUCAGAUAUGAAAUAUGUUCAUCGAGAUUUAGCAGCACGAAAUAUUCUUGUAAAUAAAGAUCUUAUAUGUAAAGUAGCUGAUUUUGGUUUAAGUCGUGAAAUUGAUGAAGGUGAUAGUUAUACAACUAAAGGUGGCAAAAUUCCAAUACGUUGGACAGCUAUUGAAGCAAUUGAUUAUCGAAAAUUUACAUCAGCAUCUGAUGUAUGGAGUUUUGGUGUAUUGUGUUGGGAAGUUGUUUCAUUUGGUGAAAGACCGUUUUGGAAUUGGUCAAAUCAAGAUGUUAUUAAAUCAAUAAAAAAUUCUUAUCGUCUUCCACCUCCAAUGGGUUGUUCAGAUGUAUUAUAUAAGUUAAUGAUUGCCUGUUGGAAUGAAGAAUAUUUAGAGAGACCAAAAUUUGUAGAAAUUGUUCAACAAUUAGCACAAUUUAUUCAAGUACCUAGUCGACUCAUUCCAUUAGCAAAACAAAGAUUUGUUUUUGUUAAUCAUCCUGAUCAACCAAAUUUUGCUCAAGUUACAUCAAUUAUUGAAUGGCUACAUAGUCUACAAUUAGAUCGUUUAAUAAGAAUAUUUCUUAAUACUGGUUAUACAAAUUUGUCUCAGAUAUGUCAUUUUAAUCAAUCAGAUUUUAAUGAUAUUCUUGGAAAUAAUAUAACACUAGAUGAACAAACUCGUUUAUUAGAUGGGUUAAAACGUAUACGAUCUCAACUUGUAUUGAUAUCAUCAAAAUCAUUGUUGCCUGGUGAAGGUUAUCUUGUAUAA